AUGCUAUCAGCUAUCAACCUGGACAAGUUAAUCGCAACCAAAAAACAAGAAAUACAGAAAGAAAAAUCAAUAUUAGGACUGAGUUGUUCGCAUGUAGUUUCAAAGUCUGAAGACACCAAAGAAAAUGCUAAUAAUGAUACUAGCCAGGAAAAGUUGAAGGUUGAAAAUAGUGUUGCGUGUGAUAGAGAUGACUCUAUCGAAGACAAGAAAGAAAGAGAAAACAAGACUUUGUAUGAAUUGGAAGAACAUAUACCUCCGGACUUAGAAAGAUAUAUUCGGCGUUACCUCGGUCUACCGGUGAUGCUAAAAGCCGGCGAGUACUCCCCAAAUAAUCCUCUGAUCCGGGCCGAGAGGCACUCCGGGGACGCCCUGCUCGGCCUCGGCGAGUACGAGCGUCGGAGGAACACGCUCCGGAAGAUACGCCAGCAGCAGUACCGGGAAUAUCUCGAUGAGCAAGCCAAAAAGAAAAAAGAAGCCAAAGAGCAAGCGGAGAGGGAACGCCGCGAGCGAGAGGAGAAGGACAGAGAGCGAGAAGAGAAAGAAAGACUGCGACUAGAGAUAGAGAGGGAGAACAGCCCUAAACGUAGAGCGAGCGUUAAUGCCGUCCCCAAAAAUGUUAAUUGUAAUACGAGGGCGGAGGCCGGGGCUGCGGAGCCGUUAUCGGUGGCCGUGCAGACCGACAGCGCGGAGCUGUGUCGGCUAUCGGGAUGUCAGCUGACGGAGGCGGAGAGGGAGCUGUCCCCCCGCACGGCGCGCGGCCCCGCCCCCCGCGCGUCCCCCUGGCCCGCCCCCCCCAGCCCCGGGGACUGUGACGAGGAGUGCGUGAAAUCGAACCGCGCUGAACGAGCCCCCGGACAGCACCGCACGCCGUCCAUACUCGACGCGGACGCGAUACAGCUGAGGAACGCGCAAGCCGAGAAGGAAGCGGAGGCGCGUCGGCAGCGCUACCGGCUGGAGCUGAAGCGUCAGAUACAAGAGCAGCAGAGGAUCAAGGAGGAGAGGAAAAUCAGAGAAAAGUUGUUGGAGCAAGCCGAGCUGCGUCGUCUGGAGGAGCAGCUGGGCGCGCUGCGGGCCGCCGCCGCCGCAAAACAGAACACCGACGAAUACCACAGAAAAAUAACGGAUCUACAGAACGACAUAGAUAUAGAGAAGCAUAAUCUGUUCGUCGCUAGAACGAGAACGGACAUUAAAAGAAAUGCUGUCACAUCUAGAAGCGAUCCGCCAACUAGAUCUGUGUGUCCCGCCGAGAAGAAGCCCUACUCUACUAAUAUACCGGCGAAUUCGAUUUUUUCACCAGACUACGACGUGGACGCGUAUUUGAGGCGUAAUUUGAAUUUUAACGACAAUUUCAGUCGAGGAUCUCCCAAAGAACCCACUGUUGACUACGGGCAGGCGAUCAGAGAGGUUGCCGAAUUCGAUACGAAUCGAAAAUCGAAUCGAUACAAUAUCGAUUUUGCGUCAACAUCGAAUAAGAGUAAAAUCGAUUUGAAUCGAAUUCACCACGAAAACGCGAGAGAUCCUCAAGAGAUAUUAAUACACAAGAACACGUCAUAUAAAAAGCAAACGCAACACAACAAAACCGAUAAUGGUUCGAGUAUCGAUUUACCGAUACCGGUUUUGAGGCACGUCCCUAAGAGUUACGAUUCAAACGAGAGCAACAACAAUUUGAGCGAUGCCAUGAAGAAAGUUGAAGCUAAAUGGCAAGUGCCUGUCUCGCAGACUAAUGUACUGAAGUCCUUGUCGAAGGGUGAUGGGAGGAACAUCAGCAUCCUGACGCAGCUAGGCUCCAUCAGGCGUCAGCUUCAGCUCGAACAGAUGAAGCUAGACGGGAUGCUGAACAAAGAAGACGCUAUGAAUACAUUCUCAAGGAAAAUAUCGAACGGGAAUUGAUUUUCUACUGUGCGUUCUACACGCGCGAUUUUAAUAACGAAAUCAAAAUUUACUGGUGGUAGGACCUCUUGUGAGUCCGCGCGGGUAGGUACCACCGCCCUGCCUGUUUCUG